AUGGUGGCACCAUUCGAUCCAUUUUCGUCCGAUGAUGCAUCAGACAUCGCACCAUCCUUGUUUACGGUGCUAUUCUCCGACUUCCUCGUCUCCUACUUCUUCUUCAUUGCCGGCUUCGUGAUCGUGUCCAUCAUCUUCUUCUUCUACAAAGCAACGAUGAAGCACCGUGAGAGAAAAAGAAAAUGGUCCGCGGUGGCGACCAUGUUGGCAAGGAUCCCGCGGUCCCCCUACGUAGUCUCAUCUUCUUCUUCUUCUUCGUCGUCGACGACUUCUGUUUCCGUCAUCGUUCCCGAGCCAGACGUGCAGAGCUGCGCCAUCUGCCUGGAAGAGUUCGUGAAUGGGGAGGAGCUGUGGAUGCUGCCCCGGUGCAAGCAUUUGUUCCAUGGGGUGUGCAUCAAACCAUGGCUGCUCGUACGAUCAGCGACCUGCCCCGUCUGUCGGAAGCUGGUGACGCAGGGAGAAACCAGUGGUGCCGGAAGCCGCAACAACAGCAAUAACUACGACGACACGUAUCUAUUUUAUAUGAGAUAA